AUGGGUCUCCGCUACAACCAGUUCUUUGACGACGCCAAGUACGACGGGGACGGCGAGAGGGUGAUCACGUGCAAGCAGUGCCUCACCCACUUGUGCCACCUGAAGCUCGUGAUUCUGGACGGGUUUCUGGGGCAGACGGGCAAGGCAUUCCUCGUGCUGGACUUGAUCAACUACGAGUUCUACCUCCACUUGCACGAGUCCCACAUGCGCACGGGGGUGUACCAGAUCCACAAAGUGCGCUGCCACACCUGCGAGCUGCCCCUUGGCUGGUACUAUAAGAAGGCGUAUAUCCCCGAAGAAGAGUACAAGGAGGGCAAGUUUGUCAUUGAAAACGCCUACAUUAAUUUUCUUAAGGACCCCAGCUCCACCAAGGAGUUGGUCGACCGCGCCAUGGUCAACCGCACCUCGCGCAAGGUGCUGUUCAACUUAGGCCACCAGCGACCGCGCCUCGCCAGUGCCAGUUCGAGCGACGCCCUGCCGCGCUGCCCUUACUGGCGCCGCGACCUGGCCACCCUCGGCCACGGCUACCACGGCGUCAACAGCUACGCCAACAUGGUGCGCCGGGGGAUGCUCAAAAAGGGCGACGCUUCGAUGCUGGACGACGAAGUGCUUGUCGACGGGUGA